AUGUCACUGGCGGUGGAUGAGACAGCAGGUGAUCUCCCGGUGAGGGAUGUGGGCUUGAGAGCAGGACUGAUAACUCUUCUCGCAGACACAGACCAUGACACCAGAAGCUGGAGAAGACAACCACAGGUGCUCAAGAUAAAAGAUCGUCAGCGAUUAUUCAGAGUACCACGCGAUCAGCUGGAGGACCAGUGUCACCGACUACAGGAGGAAAACACACUUCUCAAACAACACAGCCGCACACAAGAGCAAAAACUACGCAGGUUGUCAACUAAACUGUUGCGGUUAAAGCAUGGAUCUUCUGCUUCGGGUCGGGAUGGAGAGCUGGAGGACACUAUUGAAGAGCUAGAGGCUCGUGUAGCGACCCUAGAGAGUCAGAAGGGGGCGCUGCAGAGUAAACUUAAUUUAGCCAAGCAACACAUCUUAGAUCUGGGCGUCAGAACACAUAUCAGGCCACGAACAGGGCGAGGUGUCGAUGGGGAUGGAGGGGUCAGACGAGCUGCCCAAACUGCUCCUGCCCGCUGUGGCAUCAGUUCACUGGACGACACCAGAGGAGAGAUGGACCGAUUACUUGCAUUACUCAGAUCCACCAUCAUAGAAAGCCAGCAAGGCAGAGUGGCAGAGCUGGAGCUGACUGCUCAGUCACUAAGAGAAACACUCAGAGACAAAGAGAGAGAAAUCGAAGGUAUCGUUAAAGACCUGCGCAAACAACAAGUGGACGGACACAGACUUAUUAUAAAAGAUAAUGUAGAUGUGAUCAGACUGCAGAAGCAGCUCUCUGAAAAGAAUGCCGCCCUUCUGGUUAUUCAGGAAAAGUUUGGUGGUCUUCAGGAGGCUUACGAGAACCAGCUGGAGGAGGGCCAAAAGUCCUUAAAAGAGAGCCAAGAAGCACUGCUGGGGAAGGUGGAAGAACUGAGUGAGCAGUUGAAACAGGAGAAGCAAAGAGUGCUAACUCUCGAAGGUCAGCUCAGUGCUGCCACUCUUUCACUGCAGGCUCUGGGGGAGCUUCAGGAAAGGGUUUUAGACCUGGAGGGGGAGAGAAACCUCUUGAAGAAGAGCUACGACUCCCUUCUGGAGAGCACAAUGUCCAUCCAGAACCAUCAAGGAGAAAAUCAUGAAGAAAAAGAGGAAAGAAAGGAAGAGUUAAGAGAAGAAGGAUGGAGAGGGGAGGUACAGAGGCUUAAAGAACGACUAGAGGAAUCAAGGAGUGAUAGGAGAAUUCUGGAGCAGGAGAAAGAAGAGAUGAGGCAUGAGAUUGAUCAAGUUCAGAAGGAGAAGGAGCGAGAUAGAGAUAUGGUUACGUUCCUCAGAGAAAAACAUGACUGCUUGGAGCGAGAAGUGCUACAACACAGACAGAAAGUCAUAUUGUUGCAAGAGAAAUUAGACUCAGUUACAAAAGAGUUUGAUAUGAGUGUGGAGGAUCUGAGUGAGACGUUGCUGCAGAUCAAGUCUUUCAGAAUGCAGCAGGAGACUCUAGGGGUGAUGCGCUUUUUGAAAACAGAUGUAAAGCUUGAAGACACAUCAAGGGAUUUGACCGCAGUACAGGCCUCAUAUGCAGAAACUGUUUUAGAACUCCAGAAAACUAGAGACUUAUUAUUACUACAGCAUCGCCUAAAUGCUGACCUCCAGAAUGAAAUGAAGACAGUUCUUGAGAAAUCUGAAAGAGAGAGAGAGGAGAACAGGAGGAGGGCGGAAGAAAAAGACAAGCUGUUGAAAAGCAGAGGCCUUCAGAUCAGCAACUUACAAGCUCAGCUCAAAGAGUUAGCAUAUAGCCCUAGAAACAAUAAGCGGACCAUACCCCUGCAGUACACCUGGACAGGACUAGAACAAGAGUCAGUCCGACCCACUGUGGAGAGUGCCAUAAUCACACACCUGCAUGGAGGAGAAUCUCUUCUGGAGGUCCAUCUCACAGGAGCCACAUUCACACCACUGGGAUUGAGACUCAUGGCACAAGACACAGGAGAGCACCAAGGGGUUGUGACUUUUUGCACCUAUGGCUUUCUGGACUUUGAAGUCCUCUCAACUUCGUUAAUGUCAGGGGGUCAGCCAAAUUAUGGCUUCACGUCGCAUUAUGCUCUCUCUGCUUUUGACCUGGAGAAGCUCAUGGUUCAGGGUGGGUUCAUCGCUGUUGAACUGCAUCAGGCGCUCGGAGGGGUACAGUUUAUGACACGUGGAAGAGUGAGGAUCUCUUUGAUGGAAGCACUACAGCGCAGAGGUGAACGAGUGAAAAACAGAACCAACCUCACAGGAGCAGAUGGGGAAGUCAUAGGAAUCCUUGAGUUUUGGGUGUGUUUACAUCCUCAGGUGGAACGCAUUGAACCUCAGACGGAAAGAGUUGCAAGCAGAACAGCUGUAAGACACACUAGAGGCUCAGACUGGGCUCAUGGGGAACCAGAGGAGAUGUAUGAUUUCGGUGUAGGCAUACCCAAUGAACUUGAGGUGGUUUUGGAGCGCUGUGUAGGUCUCAGUACCCGCUGGCCAGGCCUUCUACCUGAUGCCUACCUGACGUAUCGCCUUUAUGACCUACCACCUCAUUCUACACCCAUAAUCCAAUGCUGUGUGGAUCCUGUCUUUGAAGACUCUGCAAGCUAUCCAUUAGCUGUAACCACAGAUGUACUAGAAUACCUGAAUGUGGGAAGUCUGUGGGUCUAUGUGUUUGAUGACAGCGACAGUCAGACUUCUCACACUUAUUUGGCAAAGACUCCCAUACCACUACGAUCCCUUGCAGCAGGAAGACCAAUCAGAGGUGAUUAUGUGCUAAGAGACCCUGCUGGAAGUCCAAGAGGAAUGGUGAGGGUCUCUCUCAGGUGGAAGUACCCCUUCCAGUCACCUGAAGUGCCCUCAAGACAAAGAGAAGGAGCAGAGAAGGAAAGGAUAAUGCCGAGUGCUGAAGUGUCACAGAGACCUAUUGCAAAGCCCAGGUCACAGCUUCGGCCUCCACCUGCUCAUGGAGUCACUGACACUCACCAAUCCACACCCAUUAGAAAAUCUGAACGGCAUUUGAUCACAUCCCAUCAGUCUCCAUCUAUUCAGGUGUCUGAAGCCAGGUCAGAUCAUCAGAAACCCUCAUCUAGUUCAGCUCAGCCAUCGAGGUCAGUUAGAAAGAAGCAACACCGCCCUGCAACAUUGUCCAUCCAGAAACCCACAACUCCACCUUACCGGAGUUCUGCCAUGUCUGUUCAAUCACUUCAAUCACAACAAUCUGAUGCUAAUGCUGUUAUUGACUUCAAAGUAUCAGUGUCAGAGCCAAGCACUCUACGCAGCCAAAGAAGCUACAGAAGCAACUCCGAACAGGAAGUUGAAGAACAGGAUGAUGAAACAGAAGACAAAACUCAAAGUGACGUAGACGUCCUUCAUUCUGAAGAAUCGAGAGAAUCAAAUGGAAGUGAUGUCAUCAUAAUUCCUCACCCUCCAAAGCCACAAAAAAAGGGAGACAGACUCCGAGUGGAAAUCCUUUCACUGUCUUUUAACCCUUCAUCCAGUAUUGCACUCGACCAAUCAGUGCAUCAGGUCUACGUAGAGUACCGCCUUCUAGGUGUUCCCAUGGAGACAACAGAAACCCCCAUGUCGCUUCGUAAACCAACAGACGGGGAGGAAAUACACUAUAAUUUUACACGAGUUAUCCAUGUGGAUUCAGUGGAAGCAGCUCCACUGAGACAUUACCUCUACACCAUGCUGGAAGGCACUGACCCCAACCAGGGCAGGCUAAAGUUCACAGUGGUCAGUGAGCCCAUGAAGGAGCAAGAGGAAUGUGAAGAUGUCGGCUAUGCGUACUUGGAUUUACGAGAACUUCUGCUGACUGGAAAUGACGUUAUCGAAAAGCAAAUCAAUGUUGUCAGUCCGGAUGAAGAACAGGAGGUGGUGGGAAAGCUGAAAGUCUCUGUAGAAGCCGCUCAGGCUCUGACUGGAAUCUAUCAGGAAUAUCAUCAGACUGUGAAGAGGAACAGUAGAGAAUCCCCAAGCAGCAAAGAGGACGAGGAAGAAGAAGUGACAAAGAAAAAGGAGGAGUUGCAUGUGCUCGAUUUUGAAGUUGAUGAAGAUAGUGAUUUUUAUUGAAACUCUUCUGUCAAACCAGACCAGUCUUAUAAGGAACAUCAAUAGAUUUUUUUAUAGGAGAAAAUGCUUUUGUGACAUUGUAACCACAUUCAAUACUAAUCAAAAUAUUUGAUGUCGUUGUACUGAAAUGCAAAAAAAAGUGGAAAAUGCAAAAGAAGGGACAGA